AUGGCCCGGGGAGGACAGCAGCCUGCGGCACAAUCCGACUUUGAAAAGCAACGGCUUGCUAAUAUCGCCGAGCGAGACGCCCUCCUCAAAAAGUUAACCCAAGAAGCGCAGCAAGCGGGCCUCUAUUCUAAUGCGCCUUCCGCUGGCACGCAACAUGGCCAGAAGCGAGCCUCGAAACCUAAGGGGCCACCUGCAAAGCGUGUGAAAAGGGAGCCUGUAGAAGUCGUCCCUCGUCGAACAUCCUCGCGACUGGCGGGCCUGCAAGCGGAUAGCGAAGUCGCCAGGCAGAAAGCGGAGGUUGAAUACGAAAAGCAAAAAGAAGUAGAGAGGCAGAGGAGACAGCGUGUCACUGGCGACCUCAACUUCGCCGCUGAUGGAAUAAGUCUGAUCGGGACGGACGUGAUACUCAAGGGUGUUGCCAAACCGUACGAGCGCACCUUUGAUGAGCAAGAUAUUCGCGAGACGACAGACAAGGACCUGAAGGCGCUAAGGGAAAAGAUGAGCUCCUUAGAGCUGUGGGAUCAAUGGGAGCCGAAUCGUAUCAAGCUCACGCCGGAGAGGAUAUACAGUAUGGCAUUUCACCCGACAACUUCGAAACCCAUUGUCUUUGCGGGCGACAAAUUCGGGUCACUUGGGAUCAUAGAUGCUUCACAACGACCAGACACGAACCUCAAACAGGAAGAAGCAGGCGACGAGGAUGAAGAAGAGGCACAUCCGGACCCUCACAUCACUCACAUAAAACCUCAUACCCGCACUAUAAGCGCGAUGCACAGUCAUCCAUCGAAACCCCAGACACUAUUCACAUCGUCCUAUGACUCAUCAAUCCGAGCGACCGACCUCUCCCAAUCCGUUGCCGUGGAAGUGUAUGGCCCUUCUGAUCGAGAAGACGAUGAGCCCAUCUCAGGCGUAGAUAUGUCCGCCACCGACCCUUACACAUUGUAUUUCACCACGUUGAACGGCGCUUUCGGACGGCACGACACGCGUCAACCGCCUGCAGCAUGCGAAUUGUUCCAACUCUCGGAGAAGAAGAUUGGUGGAUUCAGCUUACACCCUCUGCUCCCGCACUAUGUGUCCACGGCGUCCCUCGACAGAUACAUGCGACUUUGGGAUCUACGCAAAGUAACAAAGAAGUUGCCCACACUGGUGGGCGAACAUGAAUCGAGACUGAGCGUGAGUCACGCAGCGUUUAAUACAGCGGGACAAGUGGCAACGACGAGCUAUGAUGACACGAUCAAAAUCCACUCAUUUGGCGUUGGCAAGCAUGCCCCAAAGGGGACGCAGACGCUGGAGAGCAUGAGUUCUUGGGCGGCGGGCUUUAAGCUGGACGAAGAGGCCAUGAAGCCAGAGGUCGUGGUGAGACAUAAUAACCAGACGGGCCGAUGGACCACGAUUCUCAAACCGCGCUGGCAAAUUUAUCCCGAAGACAACAUCCAGAAGCUGGUCGUGGGGAACAUGAAUCGGUUCGUCGACGUCUACGCGGCCAAUGGCGACCAGCUCGCCCAGCUCGGGGGCGAAGGCAUCACCGCCGUGCCUGCUGUCGCCGUCUUCCACCCUUCAAAGGACUGGAUUGCCGGGGGCACAUCGAGCGGGAAACUGUGUCUGUGGAUGUAA